UCUCUUUUACUCUAUUCUAAUAGGAGUGCACGUCUUUAAAAUCAUGUUGCUGUUUCAUGAAACUUAAAUUUAUUAAGAUGUACUUAUAUUUUAGCCAAUGUUAAAGAUUGGUUUGAGAUACGGAUUUAACAAAUUUCGUAAGGUGAAAUGACUUUUUGUGAAGACGUAAAUUAUCGUGAGUGAUGUAAAAGAUUCAAUAAAUAAUAAUAUAAUCUAUAAAAACAAUAAUGGCUGGAAGAGGAGAGCGAGGUGUAUCGCGAGUUUUAGAUAAGUUAGAAGCAUCUGUUAAUUCGGGUCAAUAUUAUGAGGCACAUCAAAUGUACAGAACACUUUAUUUCAGAUAUCUAAGUCAAAAGAAGUACAGCGAUUUACUACAUUUAUUGUAUAAAGGUUCAACUCUUUUAUUACAACGCGAUCAACAAGGUAGUGGAGCCGACUUGGCAAUCCUUUUAAUAGAAGUUUUAAAUAAAUCAGAAACAAAACCUUGUCAAGAAUGGAUAGAAAAAAUUGCCAAAUUAUUUGAAAAGAUGAGUUCAAGUAUCCCCGAAAGGGAGACUUUUCUUACAAAUGCUGUAAAAUGGUCCAUGGAUAAUAAUAAAAAAGGGCAUCCUUUACUUCACAAGAAAAUUGCUGAAAUAUACUGGCAAGAGAAAAAGUUUACAUCAGCACACAGGCAUUUCUUACACUCAAGUGAUGGAGCAACUUACGCUAACAUGUUGAUUGAGUUGCAUACAACAAAAGGUUUAAAAUCAGAAAUAGAUUUGUUUAUUGCCCAGGCUGUUCUCCAAUGUCUAUGUCUGCGUAACGUUCAAAUGGCCACAGAAGCAUUCAAUAAGUAUACAGGAUUACAUCCUACAAUAAAAAAUGACAAAGGUCCUCCAUACUUAUUCCCGUUAUUAAACUUUUUAUGGUUUCUUUUACGUGCUAUUGAACAGAAACAAGUUGUUCAAUUUAAAAUUUUAAGAAAUUGUUAUGCAAUAAGUAUAAAGCGUGAUCCAAAUUACUCAGUGUAUUUGGACACCAUUGGUCGCAUUUGGUUUGGUAUUGAACUCCCUCAGAAUAAAAAUCAUAAUUCAAUAUUUGGUGGUCUUCUUAAAUCCAUUAUAGGUGAUGUUGAUGUUGAUACUUCAGAUGAAGAAGGGGAAUAUGAAAGGAAUAAUGCUCCAGUCCCGGAAUUGGACUAGUGGGGAAUUUUUAAGGACAUAUUUUACUGAUUUAUUAAACUUCAUUUGAAAACAUCCAAUAUGUCUGACUAAGCUAAUUGAAUUUUUAUAUUUGGUGAAUGUUUAUAGCAACUCAUUGUUAAUACUGUGCAAAAUAUGUUUUAUAUUUGCUGUUUCACUGCAAAACACAAAUGUAUACUCUUUAGUUUAAAACCAUUUGUCGCUUCAAGAGUUUGUUAGUAAAACCGUUAGUUACAUUUAGAACUAAGUCUUAAAAGCACUUUUAUAAUACUGAACUAUAUCAAAGCAAUAAUCUGUUACGUAUUUGUAUUAUAUGGAUUAUUAACAUUAUGAUUACACUAGUUCUAUACGAUUUUUUAUUUAUUGAAAAGUUUUUUUUUUCUUAAAUAUUUAUGCUUUGAUCUAUUUAUCAUAAUAGAUAGACUGAACCUCAAUUUGACACAUUAUUUUGGCAUAUUACAUAUUUUAAGGGAAUGUGGUAUAAAAAAAAAAAACAAUAUAAAAUUUUCAUAUAUAACAAUUUAUUUGGAAUUUGAUUUAUUUAAUCAACAAGGAAAUAGUUAUAAAUUGGAUCAUCAAUCACAGUUUAGUUUCCAUUAUUUAAAUGCCACUUUAACUAAUAUACUUUUUGUAAUAAAUUUAAGUUUUACUUGACUCACAAUCAUAUUUUAAACAAACACUAAGUGCUAUAUUUUAUAUAUACAUAUAAUAUAUACUUAAUUUUCAAUACAUAGAAUAAUGUCUAUUGAGGUAGAUAACUACUUAAAUGUCAAUAGAAUAACAAAAUUCAAAUGUUUUCUACAGUAAAUGAAGUAAUACAAGUUGUGAAUUUCCCAACAGUUACAUCUUUUUUCUUCAAAUCAAAAUAUAUACCUCUUUUCUUUAAAUCUAAUGCUUGUUUUAAUAUAAAUUUAUUAAAUUCAAUUGCAUUUGGAUGGUUUAAAUAUUCAUCUAUAGUCAUCCAUUUACAUUCUUUUAUUUCUAAUUCUGAUUUUACUAUUUCAGUUGAUGUAGCCUUUAAUAAGACAACAACAUAAAUGUCCGAAUUGCCAAAUGUAGCAUUGUGUCUGUGUCUGAAAGUGAUCAUUGAUUCAAAGAUUGCAUCAAUACCAGUUUCUUCUUUUACCUCUCGUAUAGCCGCAUCUUUGAUAUCUUCACCUAAGAAAGAGGUUUUAAAUUUCUGGAUAUAAUAUGAUUUGAUAUUAAAAAUGUAACACGUGGAAAUAUUUCUAUUUAUUUGCAAUAAAAAGCUAUUUGUUAUUUGAUUUAUAAAUAUAUGAAAAAAAAAUGGUAAGGAAAGUCUUAUUUAUAUCUAAUGUAGUUAUUAAUAUCAAUAAUAAAAUGUUGAAAUUUU